AUGAACGAGGCACUUUGCUCAAUUCUUUCUGGGGAAGACGAAUGGUACUAUCAUGAGGAAGGUAGACACAUCAAAUUCAACAAGGACGGCACGGGCGAGUUAUGGUGCCGUUGCAACUUCAACUAUUGGAUCCUAGCAGUCAUCGAGUGGAAGAGCGUCAAGCCACCACAUGGUCCAAGCCAAAUCGUUGAGUUCCCAGGGCAAGUCUCGAAUACCGCUUGGAACAAAGGCCCUCAACUUCUCGGCCAACUUGAUCUCGAGAUAACUCUCACCAAGCGACUGCCAAAAUUAGCAGAAACCUCUGUCUUAGCGCAAGGCACUGGCAUCAAUGAGAGGAGCCUUACGGAUGAUGCCUUUCAACCCAGAUUAUUCACCGUUAGAAUCGAAAAAGGCAACUUCGUAGUACCUGCUUCCACGGUCUCCAGCGACUGGAGGUACGAGCUUCGCCUGCUCUUUGACAAAUCGCCGUAUCCCCCACGAUCCCAGUGGAAGAAUCCAGAGCACGGCCCGGACGACUCUCAAUUUUGGGACAUUGUAGAGUUUGUCAGCCGACAUGUCCCGGACCUGGAAAAGCAGGGAAAACCUAUGAAUUUAACAUCUUCGGAAGGAUGGAACGGAUGUGUAGUUUCUUAA